AUGGGAUCAUUUGUUCCUCCUCUUUCUCCAUCUUUGAUCUCCAAGACCCCUCAACAAGUGCAUCAAGUUUUCCUUAGCUUUAGGGGUGAGGACACACGUUACACUUUCACCAGCCAUCUUUACGCAGCAUUAAGAAGGCUUCAGGUAAAAACUUACAUUGACAACGAUUUGGAACGAGGCGAUGAGAUAUCACCCUCACUUCUUAAGGCAAUCCAGGAUGCAAAAGUCUCCGUCGUUGUUUUCUCCCAAAACUAUGCUUCUUCACGCUGGUGCUUGGAUGAGCUCGUCAAAAUCACCCAAUGUAAGAACAACACUGGCCAAAUUAUAGUGCCUAUUUUUUACCACGUUGACCCAACCCAUGUUCGCCAUCAAACUGGUUCCUAUGCACAUGCUUUCGCGUCGCACGAAAAACGUUUCGUUGCUGACAUGAAUAGGGUUCAAACGUGGCGGCUUGCACUCACUGAAGUAGCCAAUAUCUCUGGCUGGGAUUGCUUGACCACAAGUGUGGAGUCUGAACUAGUAGAGAUAAUUGGUAAGGAUAUAUUGCAAAAGUUGGAGUCCAUCACAGGUGGUGGCCUAGAAAGACGCAUUGGGUUGCAGAAGGAAAUGGCACAGCAGAAACUGGAGAAGUUACUGAGAACGGGUGAUCUGAGGGACAUGGAAGAGUUGAUCACAGCAAUGCAGCAACUUGGAGAAGUGAAAUUGGAGAAGGCGAUGCAAUCAGAUGAUUCAGGCGUUUGGAGGGAGGUUAUGGAGACGUAUGAACGUAUAUUGCAGCUAAAACAAGACAAGUGGAUGCGAACACUUAGUACAAAAGACAUGCAGGAUUUGAUGAGUACGAGGGGGCAUGUUAUGCACAUUCAGAGAGAGCAAUCCAACCGUAGGAUGGGGUUCCGCGGUAUAUAGAUGCCUCAUUAUGUAAUCUAAAAAAAACCAAAUCAAACCUAUGUAAUUUGGAUUGAUUUAAUUUUUGUACUUUUGAAAUAAUU